CUUGCUUCAUAUCCCUUCCUCGGCUCACUCUCGAGUCUCGUAGUUGCAAUCUCUCUUCAAUGGCGUCACACGAUCACCAUGACCAUGAUCAUCAUCACCACCAUGAUCACACCCACGAGAAAUCGGACGGCAAAGGUGCGACGUCGUGGGUGGGUCCCGACGGAAGAGUGUACCAUAGCCACGAUGGACUCGCACCGCAUUCGCAUGAGCCCAUCUACUCUCCGGGCUACUUUAGCCGCCGAGCUCCGCCGCUUCACAACCGUGAUUUCUCCGAGAGAGCUUUCACCGUCGGAAUCGGUGGACCUGUUGGGACUGGGAAAACAGCUUUGAUGCUCGCUCUCUGUAGACUCCUGAGGGAUAAAUAUAGUCUUGCUGCUGUGACGAAUGAUAUAUUCACGAAAGAGGAUGGAGAGUUCCUGGUGAAGAACGGGGCUCUUCCCGAGGAAAGGAUUAGGGCUGUCGAAACUGGUGGAUGCCCACACGCCGCCAUUCGCGAAGAUAUCAGUAUCAAUCUGGGUCCUCUCGAGGAGCUUUCUAACUUGUUCAAGACAGAUUUACUUCUUUGUGAAUCUGGCGGAGAUAACUUAGCUGCCAACUUCAGUAGGGAGCUGGCUGACUAUAUCAUCUAUAUUAUUGAUGUGUCGGGCGGUGACAAAAUCCCGAGAAAAGGCGGUCCAGGCAUCACUCAAGCUGAUCUUUUGGUGAUAAACAAGACAGAUCUUGCACCAGCUGUUGGUGCCGACUUAUCUGUCAUGGAACGUGAUGCCCUCCGCAUGCGAGAUGGAGGUCCUUUUGUCUUUGCUCAGGUGAAGCACGGGAUCGGAGUGGAGCAGAUUGGAAACCACGUCUUGCAGGCUUGGGAAGAAGCAACGGGGAACAAACGCCAUUGAUGAACCAGCAACCGAAUAAAAGAAAGAUCUGGCAUGGUGGUGCUGUUUCACCUAGGAAAUCUAUGAUAAAUCCGAGUACUUACUGGACUAGCUUCUGUAGAAAACUUUGGCCCAUGGUUCAUGGAUCUGUGUUUCACUGAGGAAAUAACAAAGUCUUUGAACUUCUCA